CCGGCAGAGCUGUGAGCAGCGGAGCUUGGGAGCAUUUCUGGAGCCAAAGCUCCUCUCCAAGAGGCAGGACAGAGCGGACAGCCGACACCAUGGAGCCCUCCUCGGCCCCUCCAUGCAGAAUGUGCGUCCCCCGGCUGGGGCUCCUGCUGGCAGUCUCACUGCUAACUGCCUGGAUCCCAACCACUGUGGCCCAGCUCACUGUGGAACCUGUGCCACCCGAUGCUGCCGAAGGGAUGGAUGUUCUUCUCCUCGUCUACAAUCUCCCAGAGAAUUCUCCAGUCUACCUCUGGUACAAGGGGGAAACAGCGGACCCAAACCGUCUUAUUGCAACAUAUGUGACAAGCCUUGGAAACACUGCUCCGGGGCCUGCCUACAGUGCUAGAGACAGAAUACUCUCCAAUGGGUCCCUGCUGAUCCAGAACGUCACCCUGGAGGACACAGGAAACUACACUAUACAAGCCAUGAAUAUACUUUAUGUUCCUUCUGAAGCAUCUGCGCAGUUCCGCGUGUACCCAAAAUUACCCGAACCCCACAUCACGAGCAACCAGUCCCAGCCCGUGGAAGGGGAGGACUCUGUGGCAUUCACCUGUGAACCUGAGAUCCAGAACAUCACCUAUCUGUGGUGGAUACAUGGCCAGAGGCUCCCGGAGACGACGGACAGGCUGCAGCUGUCCCCGGACAACAGGACUCUCACUGUACUCAGCGUCACACGGAACGACACAGGACCCUACGAGUGUGGAGUCAGCAACCCAGGGAACACCGCCCGCAGUGACCCAUUCAGCAUGAACGUUUCCUAUGGCCCGGACGCCCCCACCAUUUCCCCCCCAGACUUGUAUUACUGUUCAGGGGCAAACCUCAGCCUCUUCUGCCACGCGGUCUCUGACCCGCCUGCACAGUAUUCCUGGCUUGUCAAUGGAAGGCUCCAGCAGGCCACACAAGAACUCCUAGUCCCCAACGUCUCUGUGAAUAACAGUGGGUCCUACACCUGCCACGUCAAUAACUCCAUCACUGGCCUCAACCGGAUCACUGUGGAGAACAUCACCGUCUUUGGGCCAGUGGCACAGCCAGCCAUCCGCGUCAUCAACACCACAGUCUUAGAAAGGGACCGCCUGGUCCUGACCUGCCUCACAGAUGAUGCUGGAAUAUCCAUCCGGUGGAUCUUCAACAGCCAGAGUCUGAACCUCACGGCGAGGACGCGCCUGUCCCCGGGCAACAGCACCCUGAACAUAUACCCUGUCAUGAAGGUGGAUGAAGGGGAGUACCAGUGCGAGGCCUUCCACCUGAACUGCUCCAGCAAGAGUGACCCCCUCUGGAUGACUGUGAAAGAUAAUCCAGAGCCAGAAAGCUCUGACCUCCUGCCUGGGGCCAUUGCCGGCAUCGUCAUCGGAGUCGUGGCUGGGGUGGCUCUGAUAGCAGUCCUGGCCUAUUUUCUGUACUGCAGCAAGACUGGCAGGGCAAGCGACCAGCGCCAUCUCACAGAGUACAAACCCUCAGCCUCCAACCACAGUCAGGGCCGCUCUGACAGCUCACCUGAAAAGGUCGAUGAAGUCACAUAUUCCUCCCUGAUUUUCAACGCCCAGCAACCUAAGCAGCCAACGCCAGCAUCCUUAUCCCCAAGAGCCACAGAAACGGUUUAUUCAGAAGUAAAAAGGAAGUAAAGCAACUUGUCCUGCUCGCUCCACUGCUGAUAUCCUGGGUGUCUCACCUGCAUCACCAGCAGCCUCUUCACCCUCAGGGGAAAAGGGAAGAAGCUCCCAUCCCCCACCCCCACCCCUUCAACCCGAGACUGCCUGGUCACAGCCCCUCCCUUCAGUGUCAACAGGUGCAAAGGCACAUCCGGGAGUGGGUAGGAAACCUAAUCUUCCUUGGCACUGAAAUUGGCAAAGCCGACUUUGGGAGAGCGUUGCCGGGGCCUCCCCGUCCCCUUUCCCGCCUCCCUUCUCAGAGCCCAUUGUUGCUUCCCACUCAGUCCUGUCCUAUCAGAGUUUAACUUGGAUUGGCUGCCAUCUUGAGGAUUGUGUCCUUUUUCCCUGAAGUACGGUGCCAGAAGAGAGAGAGAGAGAGACAGAGAGACAGAGAGACAGAGAGAGAGAAAGUAAAAGCAGUACUGGUUUCUUCUCUCUCCAAAAGAUCAGGCCCCAAGUACCUUGCUACUUAAUUAGAAUACCACCUAAGCCUUUGGCAAGUCUUGU